CGCGCGCGCGAGCCUGCGAGCAGCGUCUCCUCCAGCAUCUGCCGCGGCAGCGUUUGCCCAAAUCCCAGGACGGACCGACGGACCGCCUGGCGGACGGACGCGGGUGCUAGCUUUGUGCUGGGGGCCCGCUUCGGCGAGACUCGGGCUUGUGCGCGGCUUCUCUAUCCUUUGCUCCGGCGGCCUCGGCGUGCGAGGGGCUGGAGCUGCGGGCGCCGCGCUCCACCGCUCGCUUCCCCGCGCAGCCGAGCCCGGGUUGCCUGCGCCUCGGCCCCGAGCGGCGUCCCCGAGUCCCCGCUCCCCUCCGGGCCGCUCUGAGCAGCCGCUCCGGGGCUCCAAACUCGGGCUGCCGGGGCAAGUGUCUUCAUGAACCCAAAGGAUGUCCGGGAAGCACUACAAGGGUCCUGAAGUCAGUUGUUGCAUCAAAUAUUUUAUAUUUGGCUUCAAUGUCAUAUUUUGGUUCUUGGGAAUAGCAUUUCUUGGAAUUGGACUGUGGGCAUGGAAUGAAAAGGGUGUUCUCUCCAACAUCUCCUCCAUCACUGAUCUUGGCGGCUUUGAUCCAGUUUGGCUCUUCCUUGUGGUAGGAGGAGUGAUGUUCAUUUUGGGAUUCGCAGGGUGCAUUGGAGCACUCCGAGAAAACACGUUCCUCCUCAAGUUUUUUUCUGUCUUCCUGGGAAUUAUUUUCUUCCUGGAGCUUACUGCUGGGGUGCUGGCAUUUGUGUUCAAAGACUGGAUCAAAGACCAGCUGUAUUUUUUUAUAAACAACAACAUCAGAGCCUACAGAGAUGACAUUGAUUUACAGAAUCUCAUCGACUUCACCCAGGAAUAUUGGCAGUGCUGUGGGGCUUUUGGAGCUGAUGAUUGGAACCUAAAUAUUUACUUCAAUUGCACAGAUUCCAAUGCAAGUCGAGAGCGAUGCGGCGUGCCAUUCUCCUGCUGUACUAAAGACCCUGCGGAGGAUGUCAUCAACACUCAGUGUGGCUAUGAUGCCAGACAGAAGCCAGAAGUUGAUCAACAGAUUGUAAUCUACACAAAAGGCUGUGUGCCUCAGUUUGAGAAGUGGUUGCAAGACAAUUUAACCAUUGUGGCUGGUAUUUUCAUAGGCAUUGCAUUGUUGCAGAUUUUUGGGAUAUGCCUGGCCCAGAAUUUGGUUAGUGAUAUUGAAGCUGUCAGGGCAAGCUGGUAGAGCCCUCCUUCAACAGCUGCUGCAAGACACUGGACAGACCCAGCCCUCCUGACCCUCCUGCGUGCUGAGCUACGGUCCCAGUCGCACAGCCCCUGUCUCAGAGGCGUCCUUCAACCCCACCUGAUGGAGCUGCCAAGAACUUGUGUGUUGGGGGGAGUGAAACUGGGAAAUGCUGCUCACUGACAGAAUUUAAAAACAAAACAUACAAGAACAGAAUGAAAAUUCUUCCGCCAUGAAUCUCUACUAUAGCCAUGGAUUUAUGGCUGGUUGGACACUCAC